GAGGAUCUGAAAAAGAUGCAGGAAUUCUUUGGCCUGGAGGUGACUGGAAGACUGGACACAAACACUAUCGAGGUGAUGAAAAAACCCCGGUGUGGAGUAACAGAUGUGGCCAGAUACGGUCAUUUCUACGGCAAACCCAGAUGGAAAAAGAACACAGUUACAUACAGAAUAACAGAGUACACCUCUGACCUGAGCCGGAGGGAAGUGGAUGCCACCAUUGCCCAGGCCUUUAAGCUGUACAGCGAUGUCAUACCUCUGGACUUCAAACAGAUUUACAGUGGGACUGCUGAUAUAAUGAUUCUGUUCAAAGCCAGAUAUCACGGAGACUUUUAUCCGUUUGACGGGCCCAGCGGUGUCUUAGCUCAUGCUAACUCACCAGGUCCAGAUCAAGGAGGAGACACACACUUUGAUGAAGAUGAAAAAUGGACUCUGAGUGCAAGAGGAGUAAACUUGCUGUUGGUGGCUGCCCAUGAGUUUGGCCAUGCUCUGGGACUGGACCAUUCACGAGACCCCUCUGCUCUAAUGUACCCCACUUACCAAUACGUGAACACAAACGGAUACAGACUACCCCGUGAUGAUCGACUGGGAGUCCAGGCUCUUUAUGGUGUUCGCACACCUACCAACCCUGAUCCAGUACCCAAGCCUGACCCAAGACCUGAGCCAAAACCAGAACCCAGGCCAGAUCCCAAACCAGGUCCUCCACCAGAGCGGUGUAACCGUGACCUUGUGUUUGAUGCUGCAACCAGCAUAAGGGGUGAACUUUAUUUCUUUAAAAAAGGAUAUUACUGGAAGAAGAGUGGCUCCUUCAGAGGAGUACAGCUGCAAACUAUAAAAUCCACUUGGUCGUCAGUCAACUAUGUCGAUGCAGCCUACGAGUUUAAGGCCAGAGACGUCGCCUACUUUUUCCAUGGCCGACAGUACUGGGCGGUCAGAGGGACCACGGCUUUACCCGGCUACCCUAAGCCCAUCUCCAACUUUGGCUUUCCGUCAUCGGUGAAAAGUAUCGAUUCUGCCGUUCAUAUCGCAUCCACCGGCCGCACUUUGUUCUUCGUUGGAAGGAAAUACUGGAGUUUCAACGAGAGAACUGGGAGAAUGGACAGUACUUCCCCAAGCUCGAUUCGUCGAGAUUUCCGUGGCAUUGGGUCGAAAGUAGAUGCUGCUUUUGAGAAUUAUGGUUUCUUGUAUUUCUCGGAUGGCGCCAGACAAACAGAAUACCACUACGACACAAGAAGAGUGAGACGUGUUCUUUUGAACUAUGGUUGGCUGGAUUGCUAUUAG